GCUUCGCUCCGCCCUCGGUUCCGCCCCGCCGUGGCGCCGGGCGGGAGGGGCGCGGCGCGGUGACGUGGUGCCAUGGCGGAGCUCUACGUGAAGCCGGGGAACACGCAGCGCGGCUGGAACGACCCUCCGCAGUUCUCCUACGGGCUGCAGGCGCGGGGCGCGGGCCCCAGGCGGACCCCGCUCAGUCGCCGGGUGCCGAGCGCUCCGCAGGGCCCCCCCGCAGGCGCCCCUCCGGACCGCCCCCCCGCGGGGCCGGGAGCGCCGCCGUUGGGUCCUCCCGGCCCCGCCCCGAGCGCCCGCGGCGCCCCGAGCCCCGCGCCCGGCGAGGAAGGCGGCGCCGCGGACGGGGAGGUUCCCGCUGAUGCCGUGCUGGUCCCGCUGCGGGAGGCGCUGUCCGCGUGCCGCCCCGCCGUGCAGAAACAAGUCUGCGAUGACAUCGGGCGGCGGCUGACGGCGCUCGGGGACGCGUGGGCCCGGGGUAAGCUGUCGGCCCCCGUGAGGAGGAGGAUGGCCCUCCUGGUGCGAGAGCUGGAGCGGCGCCGCUGGGAUGCGGCCGACGAGAUCCACCGCUCGCUGAUGGUGGACCAUGUGAACGAGGUGAGCCUGUGGCUGGUGGGCGUCAAGCGGCUGAUCGCCGAGUGCAGGAACCUGCCCGCAGGCGAGGACGGCAACGCAGGCGAGGACGGCAACGCAGCCGGGCCCGGCCAGGAGGUGCCCGCACCGCCCAGAGCUGCAGACUGAGCAGGGCGGCGGGAGGAGGAAACUUCGGGACCCUGGCGACGCUUUUGCCUCUCACUUCUCUCUCAGAAAAGGGGGAAUUUUAAUCACUGCGACAUCUCGGUGGUGAUUCACUGCGUGAUGCUCAAUAAACAGCGCUAAUCUGC